CCCGGGUGUCCCCGUGACGAGGCAGCGCGAAGCCGCCGCGGGCCGGGCCCAUCCCGCCGCAGCGGCCCGGGGCCGAGCAGGGGCUAGGCGGGGAGGGAGCGGCGCCCAGCGGGGCCCGGAGCGUGGCCAGAAUGGUGCUGGAAGGAAACCCUGAAGUGGGGUCCCCCCGAACCUCAGACCUCCAGCACCGGGGGAACAAGGGCUCUUGCAUUCUCUCCUCUCCCGGUGAAGAUGCGCAGCCAGGCGAGGAGCCCAUCAAGUAUGGUGAACUCAUCGUCCUGGGAUGCUGUGAGGAAGGAGGUGAGGAAACCGAGGCUCAGAGAGGGGAAGUGACUGGCCCAAGGGCACACAGCUGCUACAAUGGGUGUCUGGCAAGUGGGGACAAGGGCCGCCGGCGAAGCCGCCUGGCACUGAGCCGCCGGCCGCACGCCAACGGGGUGAAGCCAGACGUCAUGCACCACAUCUCCACGCCGCUCGUCUCCAAGGCACUGAGUAACCGUGGUCAGCACAGCAUCUCGUAUACACUGUCUCGGAGCCACUCGGUCAUAGUGGAGUAUACACAUGAUAGCGACACAGACAUGUUCCAGAUCGGCCGCUCCACAGAGAACAUGAUUGACUUCGUGGUAACAGACACGUCCCCUGGAGGAGGGGCUGCCGAGGGCCCUUCUGCCCAGAGCACCAUCUCUCGCUAUGCCUGCCGCAUCCUCUGUGACCGCCGGCCACCCUAUACUGCCCGCAUCUAUGCCGCUGGCUUCGAUGCCUCUAGCAACAUCUUCCUUGGAGAGCGAGCGGCCAAAUGGCGGACCCCAGAUGGCCUGAUGGAUGGACUGACCACUAAUGGAGUCCUGGUGAUGCACCCGGCAGGCGGCUUCUCCGAGGACUCAGCCCCGGGUGUCUGGCGGGAGAUCUCGGUCUGUGGGAAUGUGUACACAUUGCGGGACAGCCGCUCAGCCCAGCAGCGGGGCAAGCUGGUGGAAAACGAGUCCAACGUGCUGCAGGACGGCUCUCUCAUCGACCUGUGUGGGGCCACACUGCUGUGGCGCACACCGGCGGGGCUGCUGCGGGCUCCCACACUGAAGCAACUGGAGGCCCAGCGGCAGGAGGCAAAUGCAGCGCGGCCCCAGUGCCCCGUGGGCCUCAGCACUCUGGCCUUCCCCAGCCCAGCCCGUGGCCGCACAGCGCCCGACAAACAGCAGCCCUGGGUCUACGUCCGCUGCGGGCACGUCCACGGCUACCACGGCUGGGGCUGCCGGCGGGAGCGGGGCCCCCAGGAGCGCGAAUGUCCUCUCUGCCGCCUUGUGGGGCCUUAUGUGCCUCUAUGGCUUGGCCAGGAGGCCGGCCUCUGCCUGGACCCUGGGCCGCCUAGCCAUGCCUUUGCACCUUGCGGCCACGUCUGCUCUGAGAAGACUGCCCGCUACUGGGCCCAGACACCACUGCCCCACGGCACCCAUGCUUUCCAUGCCGCCUGCCCCUUUUGCGGGGCCUGGCUUACUGGCGAGCAUGGCUGCGUCCGCCUCAUUUUCCAGGGCCCGCUGGAUUAGGCUCCCUGGGGCCCCCUGCUGCUGUGCCCACCUGCCCACCCAGGUCCCCACCUCCUGCAGCCCAGAGGGAGCUCUGCAUGUGGGACACUCCCUGCUGGCACAGCCACACCAGAUGGACAUGUUGGAUGGGCUGUGCCCUUCCCCCCAACUGUGGCCCCCCAAGGAGGUCCCCAAGAUCUCCACCCCAGUCAUGCUGAUGGGGCCUUCAGCACCAGCUCUGUCCUGGGUCGAUGGAGGAAAGCCCAGCCCCAUGGCCUUGCCCUUCCUGGGGCAUCCCACAUCGUGCCGCCGACACUGUGUGCCCCUGGGGGAGUGAAGGGGCCAGGGGCCUUUGACCCCCAGCUUAGGCUGGCUAUGCCCUGAGCCUGCCAACCCAGUUUCAGACACUCAUCCUUCAUCCUUCCUGCUGCCGCCCUGGGUUCCUCUAUAAACCUCGCUGCUCAGCUGCCCCCACAAGUCCCACAUGCCCCGCAUGCGUGCAAUGCCUCCAGCCCCCAAGUGAGUGGUGGGUGGGUGGCAGGCUGGGCCUAGCACUUGCUGAUAGCCACUAUGGGCUCGACUCUGUGCUAAGUGGUAUCUGGGGACACAGAGGCAAUCAGACCUGGUUCCCCGCCUGGUGGAGUUCACAGUCUAGUGGAGGACAGACUGUUAACAAAUGGCAACACGGCUUCAUGCGUGCCAGGAUCAGAGUACAAAUCGGGCUGUGGCAGGCCUCACUGGUAAUGGAAAAGUGAGGGAGGCUUCACGGAGGAGGUGUCAUAGGAGCUCAGCCUCGACGGCUGCUCGGAACCCUCCGAGUCCACAAGAUGGGAAGCGAGUCCACAAGAUGGGAAGCGUGAUCUAUACAGAAGGGAGGGCCUGUGCACAGGCUCAGGUGUCAGUAAGCCAGAAAUCCAGGGACAGAGUCAGGAUGGCUGGAGCAUGGACUGCGGGGGGAACAGAGAAGGGGGUGGAGCAAAAGGUUGGGACCAUGUGACCAGGGAAGAUGCUGGAUGGAGGAUUCUGAACCUCAUUUGUGGACGGUCAGGAGUCAACAAAGGGAGGAGAGAGGACUCACUGGUCAAGAGUGUCGGCUGUGACACAAGGGCCAUCAUCCCUGAAUGCCCACCAUGUGCCCCGCACUGUGCUGAUGAUGAUAAUAAUAACUACAUCCAUUGAGCACUCUCCAGA